AUGGCCGCCAACAACAUGGUCAACCCCGCCGUCAACGCAGACGUGGAAGACGAGCUCUUCGCCAAGGAGGUCGCGCAGGUCAAGAGCUGGUGGGCCGACUCGCGCUGGCGAUAUACCAAGCGGCCGUUCACCGCGGAGCAGAUUGUCUCCAAGAGAGGCCACCUGAAGAUUGAGUACCCCAGCAACACACAGGCCAAGAAGCUGUGGAAGAUUCUCGAGGACCGGUUCAAGAACAAGGACGCCUCGUACACGUACGGCUGCUUGGAGCCCACCAUGGUCACCCAGAUGGCCAAGUACCUCGACACCGUCUACGUCUCGGGCUGGCAGUCGUCCUCGACGGCGUCGGCGUCGGACGAGCCCGGUCCCGAUCUGGCCGACUACCCAUACACGACGGUUCCCAACAAGGUCGGCCACCUGUUCAUGGCGCAGCUCUUCCACGACCGCAAGCAGCGCCAGGAGCGGCUCAGCACGCCCCGGGCCCAGCGCGGCCAGGCGGCCAACGUCGACUACCUGCGUCCCAUUAUCGCCGACGCCGACACGGGCCACGGCGGCCUGACGGCCGUCAUGAAGCUCACCAAGCUGUUUGUCGAGAAGGGCGCCGCCGGCAUCCACAUCGAGGACCAGGCGCCCGGCACCAAGAAGUGCGGCCACAUGGCGGGCAAGGUGCUGGUGCCGACGAGCGAGCACAUUAGCCGGCUGGUUGCGAUUCGAGCGCAGGCCGACAUUAUGGGCACGGACCUGAUUGCCGUGGCGCGCACCGACGCCGAGGCCGCGACGCUCAUCACCACGACCAUCGACCCCCGCGACCACGCCUUCAUCCUCGGCUCGACCAACCCGUCGCUCCAGCCGCUCAACGACCUCAUGACGGCGGCCGAAAAGGCCGGCAAGACCGGCGACGCCCUGCAGCAGAUCGAGGACGAGUGGCUCGCGGCCGCCAAGCUGAUGCGCUUCGACGAGGCGGUGCUCGCGGCCAUCGCGGCCUCCGCCUCCCCCGACAAGACCGGCCUCGAGCGGCAGUACCUCGCCCAGGCGCGCGGCAAGUCCAACGGCGAGGCGCGCGCCGUGGCCCGCGGCCUCCUCGGCGCCGACGUCUUCUUCGACUGGGACGCGCCGCGCACGCGCGAGGGCUACCACCGCCUCCGGGGCGGGUGCGCGUGCGCCGUCGCCCGCGCCGUCGCCUACGGGCCCUUCUGCGACGCCGUCUGGAUGGAGAGCAAGCUGCCCGACUUCGCGCAGGCCAAGGAGUUCGCCGACGGCGUGCACGCCGCCCGCCCCGAGCAGAAGCUCGCCUACAACCUCAGCCCCAGCUUCAACUGGAAGGCCGCCAUGCCGCGCGCCGACCAGGAGACGUACAUCCGCCGCCUGGCCCAGCUCGGCUACUGCUGGCAGUUCAUCACCCUCGCGGGUCUGCACACCACCGCCCUCAUCAGCGACCAGUUCGCACGCGCCUACGCCGCCCACGGCAUGCGCGCCUACGGCGAGCUCGUCCAGGAGCCCGAGAUGGACGGCGGCGUCGACGUCGUCAAGCACCAGAAGUGGAGCGGCGCCUCGUACGUCGACGAGCUGCAGAAGAUGGUCACCGGCGGCGUGAGCUCCACGGCCGCCAUGGGCAAGGGCGUCACCGAGGACCAGUUCCACUGA